GUCUUGUCUUCCAUUUGCAUGUUCAUUGCUCAAGCCGUUGCUCAGCCAAACUUCCUAUACCAAUUUUGUUUAAACAAUGGUAACUACACAAGCAACAGUACCUACAAAGCAAACCUCAAUCACCUACUCUCCUCCCUCUCCUCCAACACUGAAAUUGACUAUGGCUUCUACAAUUCUUCUUAUGGCCAAAACCCUGACAAAGUAUAUGCAAUUGGACUUUGUAGAGGAGAUGCUAAGCCAGAUGUGUGCCUUAGUUGCCUCGAUAACGCUACAAAGCUUCUCACACAGCUUUGUCCUAAUCAGAAGGAAGCAAUAGGAUGGUAUGACUAUUGCAUGUUACGCUACUCAUUACGCAACAUAUUUGGCAUCAUGGAAAAUAGUCCUUCUUUCUAUAUGUGGAACUACAAUAACGUUUCUGCCAAUUUGGAUAAGUUCAAUCAGGACCUUAGGACCUUGUUGGAUGGACUAAGAGUUCAAGCUGUAGCAGGUGGUUCUCUUCGUAAGUUUGCAGAAGCAAAUGCAACAGCACCAAACUUUCAAACACUAUAUGCACUUGUGCAAUGCACGCCUGAUUUGUCUCAGCAAGAUUGCAGUGAUUGCUUGAAUGGGGCUUUCGGUGAUAUUCCGAGUUGUUGUGACGGCAAGCAAGGUGGGAGAGUUGUUAGACCCAGCUGUAAUUUUCGGUAUGAGAUCUACCGCUUCUAUGACCCCGUAGCUGAUAUUGCACCACCACCGUCUCUAUCGCCAACAUUAGCAUCAUCAACAUCUUCUCCUCCACAAUCCACCAAUACCUCUGGUGACAAAGGAAAUGAUGGUAACAAAUCUCAAACAGUCAUCAUAGUUGUGCCCAUUAUUGCUUUUGUGAUGCUGAUAAUAAUCUCCUGCAUCUACCUAAGAGUUAGGAAGCCAGGAAAGAAACCAGAAAGCGAAGCUGUAGAUGAGAUUGAAAGUUUGGAGUCCUUGCAGUUUGACUUUGACACUGUUAAAGUUGCAACCGAUGACUUUUCUGAUGCAAAUAUGCUUGGACAAGGUGGAUUUGGUGUUGUCUACAAGGGUAAGCUUCGUAAUGGACAAGAUGUUGCUGUGAAAAGGCUUUCAAAAAAUUCUGGACAAGGAGAUCUUGAAUUUAAGAAUGAAGUGUUGUUAGUGGCCAAGCUUCAACACCGGAAUUUAGUUAGACUUUUAGGAUUUUGCUUGGAAGGAAAUGAAAGACUUUUAAUUUAUGAAUUUAUGCCUACUGCAAGCCUUGAUCACUUCAUUUUUGAUCCAAUCAAGCGUCCACAUCUAGAUUGGAUAAGACGCUACAAAAUCAUAGGAGGCAUUGCUCGAGGGCUUCUUUACCUUCAUGAAGAUUCUCGGCUUCAUAUUAUUCAUCGUGAUCUCAAAGCAAGCAAUAUCCUAUUAGAUUCUGAAAUGAAUUCAAAAUUUUCAGAUUUUGGUAUGGCAAAAUUGUUUGCACUUGAUCAAAGUGAAGACAAUACAAAUAGAAUUGUUGGGACCUAUGGAUAUAUGUCUCCAGAGUAUGCAAUGUAUGGACAAUUCUCAGUGAAGUCUGAUGUUUUUAGUUUCAGUGUGCUAGUUUUAGAGAUAAUAAGUGGACAAAAGAAUAGUUGCUUCCUGAAUGGAGAGAAUAUUGAGGACCUUCUAAGCUACGCAUGGAAAAAUUGGAAACAAGGUACAGCUUCAAAUCUUGUUGAUCCCACAUUGAAGGCAGGUUCGACAACUGAAAUAAUGAGAUGUAUUCACAUAGGAUUAUUGUGUGUUCAAGAAGAUGUAGCUAAUAGACCAACUAUGGCCUCCAUUAUUCUUAUGCUUACUAGCUUCUCUAUUACUCUACCAAUACCUUUAGAACCUGCAUUUUUUAUGCAUAGCAAUACUGAAUCAAACAUUUCCUCACAAUGUGGGAGGAUGAUUCAAGGGUGA